AUGAAAAAUAUUUUCACAGUCCCUGAAGCAACUCGUGAAAUUAUUAAGUAUAAAGGGAGAAGGGAGUGGGAGAGGGAGGCGGGGAGUGCGCCUGAGCGGGCGGCGUCCCUCAAGCUGCCCAACGGGCGGCCGGCGGCCCAGUCUGCCGAGGAGAUCCGGCCUCUGCGGGAUGAAAUCCGGGUCUCUCUCGAGAACACCAACACCUGUACCGACAGCCUCGUCACUGCCCUCGACGACGAAGCACUCCUCUUGUCUGACCUUUUCCCAGAUCCAGGGAUGAACCUGGCACCGAGCCGUGUCCACUUCGGCCAAGCCGGAGACGAACUCUCCCUGUACGGUACUCCGAAGGAAGAACCGGCAGGCGGGAUGUCGGCACCAUCGACAGCCCAGGAUGGCGGGAAGCAAAGCUUCAUCAAGAACCAGCUCCAGGCGCUCUUCCAGCCGACGGACAACAAACUUGCCAUGAAGCUCUUCGGCUCGAAGAAAGCCCUCAUGAAGGAGAGGAUACGACAGAAAGCUGCCGGUCACUGGGUCAUACAUCCUUGCUCUAGCUUCAGGUAA